ACUGCUCUGGGCUCUGGCAGAGAGAACUCAGACGACACCGCUGGUCCGCCCGCUGUCCUCUGGAGCUCUGCCACCCCCAAGAAAGAGAGCCCUCGCGCGGCGCCGUCAUGCUCCCGCCGUUCGGCAACCCGCUCUGGGUACCGGAGGACGUCAACGAUCAGCAGCAGCAGCACGCGCCUCCGCCGACGCCCAUGGGGUUGGUGACGGUGCCGGCGCAGCAGGGGCACGAGGAGCAGAACCUCCUGGCCCUGGCCUCCGCCGCCGCCAUGGGGGUCGGUGGUGUUUUCAGCUCGCCGGCGGUGCUCGAUGACGACUGGUGCUUCGACCCCGUGGCUGCGGCCUCCGCCGCCGGCGCGCAGGGGCACCUGCUACUGGCGCCGCCGGCGCCGGCCCCCGGCGCCGGGUCGCAGAUGUUCUCGCUCUUCAACGUUGGCGGCGCGACGUUCGACGUCCACGGGUUCGACCUCGGCCUCGGUGGCCUCGGCGGCGGGGCCGGUGGGGAACUGGUCCCGUUCGCCGGCGCCGGGAACGCGUCGAAUUCCGCGUCCUUUUCCCUGAUACCGGCAGGGAACGCCGGCUUCCUCGGCUCGUUCGGCGGCUUCGGCACAGCGCCAGCGCAAAUGCCGGACUUUGGCGGCCUCGGCGGGUUCGACAUGUUCAACAACGGCGCCGGCUCCUCCACCGCGGCGCCCCCUCCUGCCUCGGUGUCCCUGACGGCGCCGUUCUCUGGGCGCGGGAAGGCUGCUGUGCUCCGCCCGCUGGAGAUCUUCCCGCCCGUGGGCGCGCAGCCGACGCUGUUCCAGAAGCGCGCGCUCCGCCGGAACGCCGGCGAGGAGGACGACGACAAGAAGCGCAAGGCUGAGGCCAUCACCGCGGCUGCGGGAGCUUCGUCGGCUGGUGGCGGUGACACGGUGCUGGACGACGCCGACGACGAUGACGGCGGGAGCAUCGACGCGUCCGGGCUCAACUACGACUCGGAGGACGCCAGGGGCGUCGAGGACAGUGAAAAGAAGGACGGUAAGGAUUCCAACGCCAACAGCACGGUGACAGGCGGCAGCACCGGCGACGGGAAGGGUAAGAGGAAGGGAUUGCCGGCCAAGAACCUCAUGGCGGAGCGCCGUCGCCGGAAGAAGCUUAAUGACCGGCUCUACAUGCUCCGGUCUGUCGUGCCCAAGAUCAGCAAGAUGGACAGGGCCUCCAUUCUUGGCGACGCGAUCGAGUACCUCAAGGAGCUGCUGCAGAAGAUCAAUGAUCUUCAGAAUGAGCUGGAGUCAUCCCCUUCCACAGCCUCACUGCCUCCAACACCCACAAGCUUCCACCCACUGACUCCGACACUGCCCACUCUACCAUCUCGUGUGAAGGAAGAGGUGUGCCCAAGUGCAUUGCCUAGCCCUACUUCCCAGCAACCAAGGGUUGAGGUUAGGAUGAGGGAAGGCCGGGCGGUCAACAUCCACAUGCUCUGUGCUCGCAGGCCUGGUCUUCUGCUUUCUGCUAUGAGGGCGAUCGAAGGCCUCGGACUCGAUGUCCAGCAAGCUGUUAUCAGUUGCUUCAAUGGAUUUUCCUUGGACAUCUUCAAGGCUGAGCUAUGCAAUGAAGGCCCUGGGCUUCUGCCAGAAGAGAUCAAGUCCGUGCUCCUGCAAUCUGCUGGGUUCCAUGGCGUGAUGCCAUGAUCGAGGACAACUAGCGAGACCGCUCAACCUACCGCCAAAAAAGAGAAGAGAACAAUGUAGCUAAGGGAAAGUUUACAAGAACUGGUGUUUCCAGUCUCAGUCAGGGUUUGAUUUUCGUCAGAACUCAGAACCAUCUUCGUCUUUUUACAGAGUCCUGCUCAGGGUUUUCAGAACCAUAUCCGUCCGUUCGCUAGUCGUUUAAUAGAGUCAAAAAAAAUAAUGUCAGUGUUCUCCCAGUCUGUCCUAGUUCUUGGUACAUGUGUGUUUGCCUUGUGCAGUUAGCUUUUCUCCUGCAACUCUGAGUCGAAGUCGAAGUCGCGUGGAAUGAUAAAAAGAAAAGUGAACCAUUGCUAACCAGCUUAAAUCUCUGUCA